CGAACUAUUUUUAAUAGCGGUAUAUGUGGCAGAUGCGGUAUGAGGUCGCAGACGACGCACAUAUAUUUUUCCUGACUGUCAAACUCGCGUUUAUAACAAUGCUAUAUCCUUAGUUAAUGUUAUGAUUAUUAUGAUGUUGAUGGAUUGGAAUUGUGAUACUCUAUGAUGACGAGAGCGACGGGUUUCUGCAAGCAUCGGAAAUUCCAAUUGGCAAAAUGAUUUCAUACCGGCUUUUUAUAGUGCUUGCAUGCGUGAACGAUUCUUCAUAAAACAUAACCUGAGGAGAAGAACGAGAAUAAAAACAUAUUUUUUGCAUCUUUUGCUGAUUUUUUGGUGUAUAUACUCAUCGGGAUGAAAGGAUGAUUACUUUAUUCUGACUGAUCUUUUCGAACAAGAUUUAUCAGUUUUACAACUAGGAGUUUAAAGAAUUGAUUUGGCAUCAUGUUCAUAACAGUGAAAUAUGGAGAAAAGGAGGAAGCUCUCUUCAACCCUAAUUGUAAAACAAUGCUUUUACUAGAAGACAUCAAGCGAAGAUGCAAGUGUAGUAUGGAAGUUGAAGUAGAUCUGUCGGAUCAGGAAGGGAAUAUCAAACAUCUCAUCGAAUCACCUCAGAGGUACGCCAACGAGGUCCUCAAAGAAAGGGAAUCAUUCGUUCUAAUCAAAGUCGAAAAAAACGACAUAUCAUCCAAGCCUCAUUACAUACCUUUACUAAACGACAACGAGGCCAUCGAUGCUGCCUUUCUAGCUCGGCUUUCAACGAAAGAGAACCUCAGCCUGUCCAGUGGCAAGACAACCAGUAAGAAGAAGAGUAACAGGAAUGCCGAUAGAGGGCGCGAUUCACAACGCGGUCGAACGGGUGCCAAGUCGACGACACCAACCGGGCGACGAAAACAGAGCCAAGAUAGAAAAUAACAUCAUCUGAAAAUAAAUACAGACUUAUUAGCACUUAAUGAAGCUUUUACUUCAUUAUAGUAAUAUGGGCGUCAGCUGAUAUGUAGAAUGAAUUUGCUUGACUCAAUGACAAGUACUGGCAAUACGUCUUUCGGGGGAAAUACCAGCGAGAAGUCCGCUAAAAUAAUUGCCAAUUCCUCUAUUGCUAACUCGUCUACUCCUCACAUGGUCUAACUUUAUUAGUUAAAUACCAUUCCGUCCAUCAACAUUUUGUCUAACAACCAUUUGGUCCAGUGCAGUUAUGUGAAGUUCUACCAGACAGACGUGAAUGGCCAACAUUUCUACUACCCCACUUUGAUUUAGACAUCACUAUCAUGAUCAUCAAGGAAAUUGCGCUAUCGUGUGCACGUUGAGCAUAUUAGGUUGACUAUACUUUAAGUCACUCUUGACCGCUAUGUGAUACACCUCUGAUUGAAUUUGUAAUUAUCUCAUUUUUAAGACAAUGCUGUAUAGUAUAACAGUUCAAAAUAAUGCAUCGAACAAUCAAAAUACUUGUAAAUAAAGAGUUAUAUCAUUUGCUUCUUAACGAUGUUCUAGAAUAAAGAAAUGUAUUUCAACA